UGCAAUGCGCAGGGCUUUUGAAACUGCGCUUAUUAAACAUCGAUGGACUGAAGAGGAGCUUUCAGAGGAGAGGGAGGCGCACGGAAGCUGGCGCUGGGAACGCGUAGUAAGACCCUCGACUCGCUCUCUCUCUCCCUCUCACUCUCCCUCACUGCCUCCCUUCCUCCCCUUCAGUUCUGGUUUGAGGAGAUCUCUCUUGGAGCUGGAGAGGAGGCUUCGGUCGUCUCUCUCCUCCAGCAGCCGCCGGGCUUCUCUGCAGCCUCUCACCGCUUCACCAUGGAUCUGGGAACUAAAAGAGUUGCUGGGAUUAUCGCUCAGGUCGCCCUGCUUCUCUCCUGCGCGUACGGGACGACCGGAGAAGAUGUGUGUGACAGCGCACUGGUCUCCAAUCUGCCGCCAUCUUCCUUCCGAAGCUCGUCCCAGCUGUCCAGCAGCCACGCCCCAGGUUUCGCCAAACUCAACAAAAGAGAAGGAGCUGGAGGCUGGUCUCCUCUCAUCUCAGACAAGUAUCAGUGGUUGGAGGUCGACUUAGGCGAGCGCACCAAGAUCACAGCUGUUGCCACGCAAGGCCGUUAUGGCAGCUCGGAUUGGCUGACAUCCUACCUGCUGAUGUUCAGUGACACAGGACACAACUGGAAGCAGUACAGACAGGAGGACAGCAUAGGGUCAUUUCCAGGUAACAGCAAUGCAGACAGUGUGGUUCAAUACAAGCUGCAACAACCAGCGAUUGCACGUUUUCUCCGCCUCAUUCCUCUGGACUGGAAUCCCAGCGGACGGAUCGGACUGCGACUGGAAACCUACGGAUGUCCUUACACCUCUGAUGUGGUGAGCCUAAACGGUGGCAGCAGCAGCCUGGUGUACAGGCUGAGUCCCGGGCCGUGGCGGACAUCCAAAGAGGUUGUCUCUCUGAAGUUUAAAACCCUGAGGAAUUCUGGGAUACUGCUGCAUGCAGAGGGGCAGCAAGGAGUCAGCCUCAGCCUGGAGUUAGAGAGAGGAAAGCUACAGCUGCUGCUCAGACAAGGUAAGACUUCCCCUGAACCACUGCGUCUCGCCUCCCUUGGCAGCCUGUUGGAUGAUCAGCAUUGGCACCAUGUAGUACUGGAGCAAAAAAAUGCUCACCUCAACCUCACUGUGGACAAAAACACAGAGAGAGUGCAGCUCCCGGCAGAGUUCAGCCGCUGGGCCAUCGAACAGUUGAGUUUAGGAGCUAUCCAUAGCCUUCGCUCGCAGAAGCCAGACACCUCCAGUAAGGACCUCCAUGGCUGCAUAGAAAACCUGCUGUACAAUGGCUUCAACUUGAUAGAGCUAGCUAAGAAUAGUGACCACCAAGUUACUGUCAGGGGCAAUGUGACCUUUUCUUGUGCUGAGCCAGUUUCCGUUGCUUUGACGUUCACCGGGCCACAGAGCUUCCUCCAGUUGCCCGGGACUACAGCGUCCUCGCCGGGUGGUGUGUCUGUCGGAUUCCAGUUCAGGACGUGGAACAAGGGAGGGCUUCUGUUCACCUUUAGCCUUCCUCAACAAGAGGGCAUGGUCUGGUUAUAUCUGAGUGAUGCCAGACUCCGACUGAUGAUCCACAUAAGUGGCUCAGUGGUGCUGGAGCUCAGUGCAGGUGCUGCUCUAAAUGAUGGUCAGUGGCAUUCAGUGGAUUUUACAGCCAGACGCGGUCGCUUGACAAUCUCUGUGGAUAAAGGAGAAGGAGGCAUUGCUCAUGCUGCUCCCUCAUUUCCCGUCACCACAGAAAGUCAGCUGUUCUUUGGUGGUUGUCCUGCUGAAGAGCACAGUGAGGAAUGCAGAAACCUCUUCGAGACUUUCCAGGGCUGCAUGCGUCUACUCACGGUGGAGAACCAGCCAGUCGAUCUGAUCAAGGUGCAGCAAAGGCUGCUGGGAAAUUACAGCCAGCUGCAGAUCGACAUGUGCGGCAUCAUUGACAGGUGUUCUCCCAGUCACUGUGAACACGGUGGCCGCUGCAGCCAAUCCUGGACCGUCUUUCACUGUAACUGCUCUGACACCGGCUACAGCGGAGCAACCUGCCACAGCUCUGUGUACGAACAGUCCUGCGAGGCAUACAAACACAACGGCAACACGUCAGGACAUUUUUAUAUUGACGUGGACGGCAGUGGACCGAUCAAACCACAGCUGGUCUACUGCAACAUGACAGAGGAAACCACAUGGAUGGUGCUCCUGCACAACAACACGGAGCUGACCCGAGUGCGACCCUCUCCGGCUGUGUCCCAGCAUUCGGUUCACUUCGACUACUCAACUCAAGAGGAGCAGCUGCUGGCUGCCAUCAGCCAGUCAGAGCACUGCGAACAGGAACUGUCCUACCACUGCAGGAAGUCCCGCCUCCUCAACACUUUGGAGGGCUCUCCGUUUAGCUGGUGGCUUGGCGGUCCAGGUCAAGGUCGAGUCCAGACUUACUGGGGAGGAGCUCAUCCAGGAAGCCAGCAGUGUGCCUGCGGCCUGCAGGGCGACUGUGUGGAUCUACAACACUACUGCAACUGUGAUGCCGAUCGCCUGGAGUGGACUGAAGACUCAGGCCUUCUGACCCAUAAGGACACCCUCCCGGUCAGGUCUUUGGUGCUGGGUGACAUCCAGAGGCCAGGGUCGGAGGCUGCCUACCGGGUGGGACCACUCCGUUGCCAUGGAGACAAGAACUUCUGGAAUGCCGCAUUUUUCGACAAGGAGACGUCGUACCUGCACUUCCCCACCUUCCAUGGAGAGCUGAGCGCUGACAUCUCCUUCCUUUUUAAAACCACGGGCUCCUCUGGUGUGUUCCUGGAAAACCUGGGCAUCAAAGACUUCAUUCGCAUCGAACUGAGCUCCUCCACUCAGGUGGUUUUCUCCUUUGAUGUUGGUAACGGCCCGCUGGAGGUUCGUGUGGAGUCGAGCGUCCCGCUGAAUGACAACCGGUGGCAUCGGGUCCGAGCAGAACGGAACGUGAAGGAGGCGUCGCUUCGACUGGAUGAACUUCCUGUGGCCACGCAGGAGGCGCCAACUGACGGACACUUCCACCUGCAGCUCAACAGCCAGCUGUUCAUAGGAGGCACAGCAUCUAGGCAGAAAGGCUUCCGGGGCUGUAUCCGCUCUCUGCAGCUGAACGGCGUCACUCUGGACCUGGAGGAGAGGGCGAAGAUAACACCAGGGGUUCAACCAGGCUGCCCGGGUCACUGCAGCAGCUACGGCUCGCUCUGCCAGAACCAUGGCCGCUGUGUGGAGAGAGCCAGUGGCUUCCAGUGUGACUGCAGCCUGUCAGCGUAUGCUGGAGUUUUCUGCCAAACAGAGGUGUCGGCCAGCUUCAAGCCUGGAACAUCAGUCAGCUACACCUUCAAGGAGCCCUAUGAGCUGAGCAGGAACCGCAGCGCUCUGCCAUCCUCCAUCUACUCUGAGAUGACGCUGAGAGCAGAGAACAUCUCUUUGAGCUUCAGGACGAACCAGAGUCCAGCUCUGCUGCUCUACGUCAGCUCCUACUACAGAGAAUACCUGGCUGUGCUCAUCAGCAAGCAUGAUAAGCUGGAGGUGAGAUACAAGCUGGACAGCAGCAGAGAUGCUGAAGUGUUAAGGAGCAGCGUGAGGAACGUGGCCAAUGGACAGCUGCACACCGUUACCAUCAAGAGGCUGACAGACUCUGUGUCUGUGCAGAUUGAUGAAAAUGCCAGAGAAGACUUCAAUCUGACAUCUGAUGGGGAAUUCAACGCUGUGAAGUCGCUGGUGUUGGGCAGAGUGCACGAGUCUGAUGACCUGGAUCCAGACCUGGCCAAGUUGGCGUCCCUCGGUUUUACCGGCUGUCUGUCGGUGGUUCACUUUAACACCAUUAGUCCUCUGAAAGCAGCUCUUCGCCACUCAGACACCAGCCCUGUCAUCAUCACUGGACCUUUAGUCCAAUCUAACUGUGGCUCUGCAGCUUCAACCAAUCCCUAUGCAGCUGAGAACACACCCCACCUGUCAGAUCAGUCUGGUUCAGCAGGUUCAGGUCAACCUUUGAUCAAUGCCAUUAGGACGGACUCGGCUCUUAUUGGAGGUGUCAUCGCUGUUGUGAUCUUUGUGGUUGUGACUGGACUGGCGAUAACGGCCAGAUUCCUCUACCGGAGAAAAGAGACCUAUCGAAACCAGCAAGUGAAGGAAGUCCGGCAGGAAAACAGCCAGGAUUUUCCUUUUAGCAACCAGGCUGAUUCCCAGAGCGUUCCCAGUGAAAACCCAAAGGAGUAUAUCAUUUAACAAGAAUCCUGAAUGCCUGAUGAGAUGGUGGUUUUUGGAGGGGUGCAGACCGGACUGUCCGUCGUCCCUCAGCACUUCAGACUGCACACUGAGCCACAACGCAGCGGCUCCACGCAAUAGAGAACGUAAAAAAGGAACAGUUUUGUCUUUUACUGUAUAUUAUGUAUAUAGUGAAUCAAACAGACUACAGUGCUGGACCUAAAAAGUGUUGACAAACUUGUUUCCACUACUAUAAAUAUUUAAAAAAAAAUGUAUAUGUUGGAAAUUAUGUCUACAGCAGUCUCUAGCUAUCGUCACUCUGUCAUAUUCAAAGGUUGCAGGUAUUUUGUGUUUUUUAUGGGUUGAUUUAACUUUAUUUCUUUAUUCCUGUGAAUCAGGGUGUUUGCAGUUAUUUGGCUGAUGGUACAUUUUUAUGAGGGUGAUGAAUGUUGUUUGCUUAACGGGAAGUGGAAAAGUCUGUCCCUUAAUCAGGCCCUCAGGAAGACUACUUCUGUAAGUGCUGGCAUUUGUUCAUUUGUAAUGCCUUUUUAUUAUGCGGGAAGCUUUGGGAGAAUAACAAUUUCGAGGUUCUGGAGCCUUGAAGACGUCUUUAAAGGAAACCUGUGCGAGCUUGUACAAUUGUACUUUGUCAGAGGAAUUUAGCUAACAGACAUCUAUGAACUGCUUUUGUCAGCAUUUCAAUUAUACAUUUUAUUGAGUGAAAUCUUUCCAGCCAUGUUGUGCUAGAACAGAUUUUUUGGUCCUUUUUAAGUGACAUCUUAAAGUCAACAGUCUUGCUCACUCAUGAAUAAGCACAUAUUGCAUUUGUACUGUUGGUAUGCUGCAGUUGUGGAGAUAAGAGAUUUUUAUACAGUAGGGACUCAUUUUCUCCUUUCUUUCCUUUUCAGUCUCUUUUCUCUUCUGAGCACACCACAACAUUAAACUUUUUCUUGUAGUUUCCUGGCUUUUUAUAUAUUUUUUCUUUUAUUGAAGUUUCCUCCCUGCUGCAUGUUGCCUGCAGGGAGCAUCCUCUCCCAACGCUCUAAAUGUCUGUGAAUGGGGAAGUUUUUAAUGCUGGCGGUAACAGUGUGGCUGUCUGUCACCUCAUUCACUGCACACAGAGACGGUUAAUGUGUUUCUGAAAUGCUAAUCUGCUCUGAUCUGACAGGUGGAUUGUGAUUUGAUGGAAAGCAGAGACAGAGGAGAAUAAUAAGACUGAAAGAUAAUCUGAGAGACUGUGUCAAGCAAACAUGGUUAUAAUGAAAACACCACCAAGCAGAGAGGCCCAACAGCAGCUGUUUAUCAACACACGCACACACGCCACCAUCUCUCUGAGAGACCCCAAUGCACAGAUGGGAUUUUAAUGACAAAAGUUGCUAAAUCUUCAAAGUGCAUAAUUCAUCUCUUUCUUUGCGUUGUUGUCUGUCCCAUUCUUGAUUCCAGAGAGUUCAUUCUCUGGUGAAGAAGCACUGACUGUCCUCGCAGCAGAAGUUACUGCAGUGCAGCACUCGAUUACUUAGGCUCAACAGGUAACUUUGACAUCCAGACGAGCGUGCAGACUGAACUGUGCUGGAUGACACGCUGCAUAUGUAUAAAGCAAAUAAGACGUUUCUCAAGACCCAGAGAAGAACAUUUUCAAAAGUUUCCUCUGCAAACACAGCAUAACAUUGGCACCAGUCACUAAUGUGGGAUUUGUGAAGUGAUUUGUGGAAACCGUGUGCAAACUGUCACUGUGAGCAUCUCUGGUUUUGUCAAACUAUUUUAACACAACAGAACAAGAAUACAACCAUGUUACAUUUGAGGCUGAUCAUUUUCUACUGUAUUAUGUAGAAUUUUGUUAAUUUGUCAUUUAAAGGAUGAAGACCUGGUCACACGAGAAUUUAAGGAAGCCACUGUUUUUCGGGAAAUUGGGUUAUUAUAUUUAGUUCUGUCAGCGUUAAUCUCCUUAAAAUGACGUUAACGCCAUAACUGGACAACGUCAAUGCAUUAAUGAGCUAACCUUGCUAACGCGUUGAUGCUGUGCAGCCCCACGCACGGGGCAAUACAUCCCACUUCCUGUUGUAUAUUUUCUGUUGUCAUCAAGUGGACGUAUUAAAGAGAACUGGAUGCUGUAUUAAAACAUGUGGCUCUUUCAUUCAGGUUCUAAAUAAAGCAUGGGCUAGUUAUCCUGUAUGCUCUGCAUGCUCGCCAAAUUUAAGCCCCCUGAAUAUAGGAAUAUUAUCUGUGACACUCUAGAGAGCAUGCAUACCCGAGACUCCCACAUGCCACUCCUACUGACUUCCACUUGGCUCCCUCACACACAUUAAUGGACUUUAAUGAAAUAAUCAUACCGCUACUUUCAAAGCAUUACUGAACUUUUGGUCCAAUACUUUGAUCUGUUACUGAGCUGAAUGUAUCAAACUCUGACGAUUAAAAAGUUAACAAAUUGUCUAAAAAGAGUAAAAAAAAACGAGUUAAAAAUCAGAAAGGUGCAGCAAAGCCUGUAAUGUGAGCACAGCCCCAAGAACUAUACAUUCUUAAUGCUCCACCAGCGGAUGAGCUACAGCUUUUUAGUUUAAUUGUGUACCGGGCUGUUUACACUGCCUGUCAUUUUGUCAUCAUAUUUGUCAGUACAGAUUAACUGAGUAAAGAACUUUCCAAAAUAAAAUCAGGAAGUCUUAUUGUCACCAGGUUUGUCCACUUACUAACUUACACGUUUUAAAUACAUAUUUAAAAUCAUGUAUUUUAAAUUUCAAGUUCCCGAUUUUAUUUAUUUAUUUAUUUAUUUUUGAUAAUCUAAAUAGAAGUGAUUGAUGCAACAUAGCUAAUAACCCACAAAACCUUCCUCUAUGAUCUCUGGCUCUAUGUUCCCUCAGAUGUGGAUAAAAUAUGCAAAUUGGCUAAUAACCUAAAUUAAUGUGAUUAAAAUAAAGCAAAAAAUUUGCAUCAAUUCACUUUUCAUUGGUGCCAUGUUAGAUCAUUACCCUAGCAGAUUGGGGGGGGGGGGGGGUAUUAUUAUUAAUUUGAUGAAACUUACAUCAUGUGACCAGGUCUGAAGUUAUGCAGUUUUCUUAUUGUCAUCAAACUCUGUGAAGUUAAAAAAAACAACAA